AUGCAGUCUUGGGAUGCAUACUUUCGUAACGCCCAAGCCAGCAGUUCAAAGGAGACUGGAGAGAAGCAUCUGUCUGCACUGCUUCAGGGGCGAGGCAUGUCCCAGUCACCUGCCAUGUCAGAGAAGGUGGUGGAGGAUCAUUUGGCAGUUCACACUCUUACCAGAGCCUAUCAGGCACAUGGUCACCAUGUGGCCAGGCUGGACCCUCUUGGCAUCCUCACUGCCGAUCUGGAUUCCUUCGUUCCCUCAGAUUUAAUCACGUCAAUUGACAAGCUUGGGUCGUACGGCUUGGAAGAAUCUGAUCUGGAUAAAUCAUUUCAGUUGCCACUAACCACAUUUAUUGGGGGAAAUGAAAGCACACUCCCACUGAGAGAAAUCAUACACAGACUUGAGACAUCAUACUGUGGUCAUACUGGAGUGGAAUUCAUGUUCAUUAACAAUAUGGAGCAGUGCCAAUGGAUUCGACAGAAGUUUGAAACUCCAGGAAGCAUGACAUUUUCUGACAGAGAGAAGAGGACUUUGCUGGCCAGGCUGGUUCGCUCAACACGGUUUGAGGACUUUCUUGCUCGCAAAUGGUCUUCAGAGAAACACUUUGGUUUGGAAGGCUGUGAGGUUCUCAUCCCUGCCCUGAAGAUGAUCAUUGAUAAGUCCAGUGAAGCUGGUAUAGAGAGUGUAAUUAUGGGAAUGCCUCACAGAGGCCGACUGAACGUCCUGGCCAACGUAGUUCGCAAAGAUCUGGAUCAGAUAUUCUGUCAGUUCGAUCCCAAACUUGAGGCUGCAGAUGAGGGUUCGGGAGAUGUGAAAUAUCACUUGGGGAUGUACCAUAAACAGAUAAACAGGGAAACAGAUAAGAAUAUCACAUUGUCUCUGAUGGCAAACCCCUCUCACCUAGAGGCGGUAUAUCCUGUCGUUCAGGGCAAGACCAAGGCAGAGCAGUUUUACAGAGGAGACACUGAAGGAAGGAGGGUGAUGUCCAUUCUGAAUUUUGACGCUGCUUUUGCGGGUCAGGGAGUUGUCUAUGAAACCUUCCAUCUCAGUGAACUGCCUUCAUAUACCACUCACGGCACCAUCCAUGUUGUGGUCAAUAAUCAGAUUGAAUUCACCACAGAUCCCCGAAUGGCACGUUCCUCUCCCUACUCAACGGAUGUGACUCGCGUAGUCAAUGCACCCAUCUUCCAUGUCAACGCUGAUGACCCAGAGGCUGUGAUGUAUGUUUGUAAGGUUGCUGCAGAAUGGAGAAACUCUUUCAACAAGGAUGUGGUGAUAGACCUGGUGUGCUACCGGCGGUUUGGACAUAAUGAGAUGGAUGAGCCCAUGUUCACUCAACCCCUCAUGUACAAGCAGAUCCGCAAACAGGAACAUUUGCUGAAGAAGUACGCUGACAAGCUCAUCUCUGAGGGAGUUGUAACACUGCAAGAGUUGGAGGUUUGUGUCUCACUCUAUGAAAAUCUCAUUACUGUGAGGUAUGCCAGCUCUAAAGAUGAGAAGAUCCUACACAUCCACCACUGGCUUGACUCUCCGUGGCCAGACUUCUUCAAACCAGAUGGGGAGCCAAAGAGCAUGAGCUGCCCUCCCACUGGACUAAACAAAGAGGUGCUCAGGCACAUUGGUGAGGUAGCCAGUUCAAUCCCUCUAAAGGAUUUUGCCAUUCAUAGUGGCUUGUCAUGUAUCCUUCGAGGCAGAGCGGAUAUGGUUGUGAAACACACGAUGGACUGGGCCUUGGCAGAAUACAUGGCCUUCGGCUCUUUGCUGAAGGAUAGUAUUCAUGUGCGACUCAGUGGACAAGAUGUGGAAAGAGGAACAUUUAGUCACCGUCACCACGUCUUGCAUGAUCAGGAAGUUGAUAAGCGCUUCUGCGUUCCAAUGAACCACAUGUGGCCGAACCAGGGUCUCUACACAGUGCACAACAGCUCCCUGUCUGAAUAUGGGGUUUUGGGGUUUGAGCUGGGUUUUGCCAUGGCUAAUCCUAAUGCCCUGGUGUGCUGGGAGGCUCAGUUUGGGAACUUCCACAACACAGCCCAGUGCAUCAUUGACCAGUUCAUCUCUGCAGGCCAGGCCAAGUGGGUCCGCCACAAUGGCAUUGUUUUACUGUUGCCCAAUGGGAUGGAGGGAAUGGGCUCGGAGCACUCAUCAGCACGGCCUGAGCGCUUCCUGCAGAUGAGCAAGUUUGACCCUGAUCGCUAUCCGAUGGAAUUCACUGGAGACUGUGAGGUCCAGCAGCUCUAUGAGUGUAAUUGGAUCGUGGCCAAUUGUUCAACACCUGCCAACUACUUCCAUGUGCUUAGAAGGCAAAUCUUAUUACCAUUCAGAAAGCCACUGAUCAUUUUCACAGCAAAGUCUUUACUGAGGCUGCCCGAGGCGCGCUCCAGUUUCAAUGAGAUGAUCACAGGGACAAAAUUCCUAAGGAUAAUUCCAGAUGAUUGUCCUGCAUCCAAAAAUCCAGAAAAAGUCAAAAGGGUCAUCUUCUGCACUGGAAAAGUGUACUAUGAGCUGGCAAAAGAGAGAAAACUGCUGAAGUUGGAGGAGGAUGUUGCAAUUGUCAGAUUGGAGCAGAAUAAGAUGAGAAACUUCAUUGUCAUGUCCAAAAAUCCAGAAAAAGUCAAAAGGGUCAUCUUCUGCACUGGAAAAGUGUACUAUGAGCUGGCAAAAGAGAGAAAACUGCUGAAGUUGGAGGAGGAUGUUGCAAUUGUCAGAUUUGAGCAGGUUGCCAACUAUAGUUGUCUGUGGUGUAAUGACACUGCAAAAAUUACGUAA